GAACCAUCGAACUUUCCAGUCUAAUAAUUAAUUACUCGAGUACCAACGGCCAGCAGGUCAGAUCUAUAAAUGAAAUCAAUUCGCCGUUUCUUCUCCAAAAGUUUUCUCUUCAUUUUCAGACAUUUUGAGUAAUCAGUUUUACAACCAACAAGCUCGUAACCUCAAAUAUUACCAACUACACAAGCACACCAUGUCAACUCAAGCAGCUCUCGGCGCUGCCGCCAUUGACAAGAGAGAUUACCCCGCGGCCAUCGAGUACUUAACCAAAGCCAUCGCCGAAAGUCCUAAUUCACCAAACUACCUCAUUUCCAGAUCUAUAGCAUAUCAACGUGCUAAGAACUACGAUGCAUCACUCGCAGAUGCCGAUGCCGCCGUCCAUGCAGCCAUCGCUCGUUCUCGUCGCGAGCUAAUCGGUACCGCUCACUUUCGUCGAGCAGUCGCUCUUCAUGGUCUAGGCAGAUUUGGGGAUGCAAGACUAUGUCUAGCUUGGUGUAUGCAGAAGAAUCCAAAGGAGAAGGCUUUGACUAUGUGGCAGGCAAAGGUUAAAAUGGACUACGAAAAUGCGGGUGGUGAGGAGGCGGAAUGUAACAAGUGCACGGUAAAGGAAAUUCCGAAUAAGCAGGCUGCUGUCACACCGGCAGCAAAAGAUCCCAAGGGCAAAGGUGCAGAGGGUUCUUCAAAGGCGCCAAUUUCCGCUCCAGCAGUAACUGCAAAGGAGAACAUUAGACAAGAGUGGAUUCAAUCGAACUCGAAAGUUACAAUCACAAUUUAUGCUAAAGGUGUCGCAAAAGAUACUGCACAAAUCAAUAUCGAUGAAGGACAGGUUGAGGUUUCUUUCCCGAUCGGACAGACUGGCAACACAUACGACUUUACAGCUUCACCUCUUUUCGCGCAAAUCGACCCCUCCCAAAGUAAAUUCAACAUCUCUCCCUUCAAGAUCGAGAUUGAAUUAUACAAGACAAAGCAAGGACUUAAGUGGUCUAACCUUGAAGGAACCGAGCCCAUCAUCAACAAAUCUACCGAAGAACAGAAGUCCGAAAUUCCUGCUGCAGUCCUAGACCCCUCGGUCGAAAAGGCACCCUCUUACCCAACAUCCUCUCGAAAUGGUCCAAAGGAUUGGGAUGCCCUCGCCUCAUCUGCUCUGAAAUCUGAAAAGAAAGAUGGAGCAAAGGAUACAGGCGGAGACAGCGAUGAAGAAGGUGGUGAUGCCAUGGAUUCUUUCUUCAAGAAGCUUUAUAAAAAUGCAGACCCAGACACUAAGAAAGCCAUGAUGAAGAGUUUCCAAGAAAGUAAUGGCACUUCUCUGAGUACUGUUUGGGCGGAUGUUAAGAAAGCUCCUGUUCCAAUUCAGCCUCCGCAAGGCGUUGAGGCCAAGAAGUGGUAGACGAAAAAAUGGAGGACUGUGAUAGUGGGAAAAAAUGGGAGGAAAUAUUGAUGAAGCGUUACAUUACCCUGGGGAGUUUAGGAGUGAAGUGUCUUGAUGUGACAUGGCUGGCGUUCGGGUUUUCAUGAAUGAAUGAAUUAGCUACCUGAUUGUUAUUUAGGCACUCGAAACAUUUCACAAUACUCUGAAAAAACAAAGUGUUCUCAUAGGGCGCGGAAAUGACAAGUGAUA